AUGUCGGAAGGAAAAAGAAGCAGUACAAUUUUUACCGGAGCGCGAGUUCUAGGUUAUGUCAGUACACAUGUGCCUUUUGUAGCUCGAUUUAUAAAAAGAAGAGGAGAAACGUUACUUUGCACAAGUGUAGGGAAAUGGUUUCAUACUUAUGGAUGUGAUAAAUUCCGACUUUUGAGUGUGAGUGGUGAACAUCCUGGUCCAAUAACAUGUAUGUGUGGUGACAGCUAUCAUGUGUAUACGGCAAGCGAAAACAAUAUUUACGCGUGGCGACGGGGUUGUGAACUCAAACACGUAUACAAAGGGCAUGAGGCUCCUAUACAUAAACUUUUACCUUUUGCUAUUCACCUUAUAUCGAUAGAUGAAAAUAAUGUAUUAAAAAUAUUUGAUAUUAAAGAGGAAACAGAGUUUUUAGAUCUUCGAUUUGAUGAAGAACAUUUUAAAAUAACAACAAUAUGUCAUCCUCCUACUUAUCUAAAUAAAAUUUUGCUUGGGAGUGAGCAAGGCCAACUUCAGUUAUGGAACAUUAGAACAUCAAAGCUAGUUUUUACAUUUAAAGGAUGGAAAUCUCCAGUUACUGUAACAGAACCAGCUCCUGCUGUCGAUGUUGUAGCUAUUGCUUUAGAAAAUGGAAAAAUUAUCCUUCAUAAUCUCCGUUAUGACCAGGUUGUUAUGGAAUUUAAUCAUGAUUGGGGAAAAAUUAGUUCCUUAUCAUUUAGAAUGGAUGGGGUACCAAUUAUGGUAACUGGAAGUACUAAAGGCCACUUAAUUAUGUGGGACUUAGAAGAAAAAAGAGUUAAGUCACAGAUUCAGUCAGCCCACUAUGCAAGUAUAGCUGGCUUGCAAUGUUUACCUUCAGAACCUUUGAUGGUCACCAACUCUCAAGAUAAUUCAUUGAAGAUGUGGAUAUUUGAUAUGCCUGAUGGUGGGGCAAGGUUGUUAAAAAGAAGAGAGGGGCAUGCAUUACCACCAAACUUGAUAAGGUAUUGUGAGCCUACUGGUGAGAACAUAUUAGCAGCAGGACGAGAUAGUAGUUUGCACAUUAUGAACACUGUGACUGAAACAUUUAACAAGAGCAUGGGUAAAGCAUCACAUAAUAAGAAAGCUUCUAAAAAGAAAAAGAGACUGCAAAUAGAUCAUCUCAUUCUUCCUCCAAUAACAAAAUUGAGUUCAUGUAUGCAAAGGGACAAACAGUGGGAUAGUAUAGCGACACUACAUGAGAAUAAGUAUAUGGCAACUACAUGGUCAUACAAUAAAAUAUCAAUGGGACAACACAAAUUAAAGCCACCAGAAAUGGAAAAGGGAGUUUUAGCGACUUGUCUGACUGUCACACAUUGUGGAAAUUUUGUUAUUAUAGGUUAUAGUAAUGGUCAAGUGCAUAAAUUCAAUAUGCAGUCGGGAAUAUACAGAGGUCACUACGGCAAUGAGAAGAGACUUGCACAUAAAGGAGCCGUCAGAGGAGUUGAAACAGAUCUCUGUAAUCAAAGAGUUAUUACUGUGGGCGCUGAUGCUAGGCUGAAAUUCUGGCAUUUUAAAUCUGCUACAACUCCAUACCAUGUGUUAAAAUUAGAAGAACCAGUGAACAUAACAAAAUGUCAUAGAGACAGUGGGCUGCUCGCAUUGGCAAAUGAAGACUUCUCAAUUACUUUAGUUGAUAUAGACACUAUGACAGUUGUUAGAAAAUUCGAAGGGCAUGUGGGGAAAAUAAAUGAUAUAGACUUUGACUGUCAAAGCCGAUGGCUGGUUUCUUCCUCAAUGGAUUGCACUAUAUGUACAUGGGAUAUUCCAAGUGCUCAACUUGUUGAUAUAUAUUCUGUAGAAAAGCCAUGUACGUCGCUCAGUAUGUCUCCAACUGGUGAUUUCUUAGCGACCACGCAUGUCGGUGAAUUGGGCGUGUUUUUGUGGGCCAAUAGACUGUUAUAUGAAAAAAUAUUCCUGAAACCUAUCGAUAGACAUGCUCUUGAUAUACCACAAUUAAAACUACCAACAACAACUGCAGAGAAACCAGAUAUAGAAGAUAUUGGAACGAUAGAUAUAGGCGAGCCCGAAUACAUAUCGCCAGAACAAAUAAGUGAAGAGCUUCUCACAUUAUCCGGCCAACCUACAUCAAGAUGGCUCAAUUUACUUAAUUUGGACAUCGUUAAAAGAAGAAACAAACCAAAAACACCAUUAACCGUACCUAAAUCGGCGCCAUUUUUCCUACCAACAAUACCCAGUCUUGAAUUUGAAUUUGAUCUGGAAAAGGACAAACAGAAUAGUUCAGAUCAAAAGCUAUUGAUACCAGAAUCCUUAUCCACAUUAACACCAUUUGCUAAAAAAUUAAACAGUUGUGAACAAGAUGGCGACUAUAAAGAAUGUAUAGACAAAUUAAAAAGUUUGGCGCCUUCUUCGAUUGAAGCGGAAAUAACAAGUAUGGCGCCGGAUGCAGGCGGAAAUAUAAAUGUAUUGAAGCAAUUUUUAAAGUUGUUGGGGGUUUUAUUGAAGUCGAAUAAGGAUUUUGAGUUGGCUCAAUCGUAUUUGAGUUUGUUUUUGAAAAUACAUUCAAAGACAAUCACUGAAGAUGAAGAAUUAAGGACGUCAUUAGAUGUUGUAGAGGAAGUGGCGACGCAAGCGUGGACUAAGAUGCAGAAUCAUUUGCUAUAUAACAUCUGUGUUGUUAAAGCAUUAAAAGAUAUG